AUGGCAAAUUUGAAUCCGUUUUUAGACAAAAACCAAGUUUUGAGAGUUGGAGGUCGAUUAAUCAAUGCAAAAAUUGGUUUUGAUAGAAAGCAUCCAAUAAUUAUAGCAAAAGGUCAUUUGGCGAAUUUGAUAAUAAAUGAAGCACACCGAGAAACAUUACAUGGUGGACAUCGAUUGAUGGAAAAUGUUAUAAAAAGAAGAUAUUGGAUAUUUGGACUUAAAAACUUGAUUAAGAAAUGUAUACGUGAAUGUGUAAGGUGCACCCGUUAUAAAGCAUUAAAGCAGAAACAGCUUAUGGGUGAUUUACCAGAAUAUAGGGUCAAUGUGUCUGCUCCGUUCGCUCAUUGUGGAGUAGAUUACGCUGGACCAUUGCUAAUAAAAUGUUCUAAAGGGCGAGGCCAAAAAACUUUUAAAGGGUACGUAGCGGUAUUUGUAUGUAUGGCAACUAAAGCUUUGCAUUUAGAGUUGGUAAGUGACAUGACAUCAGACUCAUUUCUGGCGGCGCUGAAGCGAUUGUUUGCACGCAGAGGCAAAUGUUCACAUAUAUACUCAGACAACGGUACUAACUUCGUUGGAGCAUCCAAAAAAUUAGAUAAGGAUUUACAACAGGCUAUUAAAAGCAAUGUGAGUGCAGUUUGUGCAUUGGAAGCAGAAGGUAUAAAAUGGCAUUUCAUUCCACCGGCAAGUCCUCAUUUUGGAGGUUUAUGGGAGUCGGCCGUGAAGUCAAUAAAACACCACUUGAAAAGAGUUGUUGGCGAAAAUAAACUUACUUAUGAGGAGUUAAGCACACUUCUAACUCAAAUUGAGGGCAUACUUAAUUCACGACCGCUUUGUGCAAAUGUUGACGACAAUGAUAUAUUAACUCCAGGUCAUUUUUUAAUUGGGCAUGCUAUCAUUGACUAUCCAGAAGCAGUAGAUGAUAUGAACAUAUCUUCAUUAAAUCGUUGGAAGAUAAUUCAAGCAAUGAAGAAACAUUUUUGGAAACGAUGGAAGGAAGAAUAUUUAACGAAUCUUCAGCAGAGGUACAAAUGGAAAGGGGUUCAAGCAAAUGUUAAGGAAGGCCAAGUGGUAAUAGUGAAGAAUGAGGAAACAUAUCCAGGAAGAUGGCCUCUUGGAAAGAUAAUUGACGUUCAUCCUGGAAAAGAUAAUCUGAAUCGGGAUAUAUUAACUGGCGUAUUGAUUGGGCUGCUGGUUGACGGUAAAAAUCAACCCCAGCGUCAACAGCAGCAACGAAACCGCCGACCAGCAGGAAACUACCAGCGGCACCAGGAAAGUGUCCGACGACGGGAAGAAAACCGCCGACGACGCGAAGAAAACCUCCGGCGGCAGGAUGAAAACCGCCGCCGGCAGGAGGAAAAUAGCCGUCGGCAGGAAGAAAAUCGCCGUCGGCUGGAGGAAAACCGUCGUCGGGAGAAAGAAAACAAAGAAAAAAAUAUUUCCAAAUGCGACGCAGCCUCCAAAAACAAAACCUAG